CUCAUAGUUUAUAUUCUUUGUUCUUCGGUCCUGUCAACAGCAAUGGAUGAUAUCGGCAGAUAAAAGAUGAAAAAGUCAACAUAUUCACGUUAUAUUAGGCUUUCGUCACAUUAUGGAAGCAAAGACACUUUUAAAGAAAAAUCAGAAAAGGCUGUCAGUAGUAGUUGACAAAAAUAUGGCAAAACUUAACAGUAAAAACAAGAAAAAGAAACAACGGAAAUCUGCGUCAAAAGGAGAUGCGAAAGACAGUGAUCCGAGUCCAGAUGCCUUAGAAAUUGAAGGGGUCAGGGCUUUAGAUCAAACAGGUUAUGAAUCAGACUCCUCUACUCAAGGACAAAGUGAGAAACCUUUAGAUACGCCUGUUGUUAAGAAUGAGGACAAACGAACAGUCUUAUCUGACAUUAAACAGGAUUGCAAACCAGUAGCCUCCCCUAUUUCACCCUUAGCUGUUCAAUCUAUAUCAGAAUCAAUGACCAACAUGCAAGUUACAUCCAAAUCUAAAACAGUUUCUUCCAAAGGAAAUAAAACUAAAAGCAAAUCAGGGAAUCAAAGUGGUGCUAAAAACUUAAAAAAGAUUACCGUCAGCGACCCAAGGAAAGGAAAUAACAGAAACGAACUAAAAUCUACGGAAAGUUUAAGAUGGGAAAAUGCUGUCUCUGAUAGUGAUGAGGAAAAAGAAAGAAUUAAGCUCUAUAAAAUAAAUCGAAGAAAAAGAUAUUUAGCGUAUGCUCAAGCUCAAGGACUUGGUUGGACUUCUAAAUAUCAAAGCAAUGGGUCUCCAUUGUCAGAGGAUUCUGGGAUCGAGACAAGGGAACAGGAACGUCUUUCAAUUCGUGAUACUCAUCCUUCACCAGUGGCCAUUGCUGAUUUUUCCUCUUUAAAAAAGCUAGCACCUAGUCAGACAAUGACUUCCAGUAAUAUGGUGGAAUGUUGAUAUAUCUACUGCAUGUUUUAUCUUAUCAGCUAUUUAUAUUCUUACUUAAGCUACUGAAUGAUGGAGACUAUUUGAUUGUUUUUUCUUGGCUUGUAUAGAAUCUCAUCGUGAGUUACAAAGUUUUUUUGAAGAAAGGAAUGUUACAAUCUACCUCAGAUUAUAUUAUUUUUGAUUGGAGUUUUUAAGAUAUAGAUCUGUUGUUUUGGGUUAUUUUUCUUUGUUUUUUGUGGUUAAUUUAUUUUUGCAGGCCAAACAGAAAGGAUUGAAGAGUACACUACAUUAGUGAUGGCUUUGUGUGAAUUUGAUUUGACUGCCUUUUUCACUGCCCUAAAUUUUGAUUUCGCUGAAAAAGGCUUUGAAAGGUCAAUUCAUACAAUUUCAGUGAAACAUACAUGUACUUUUAAAUUAUUGUCCAUGUUAAAAUUUUUUUUAUAUAUAUUUUUAUAUAAGACAAAAAAACAUAAAAGGAGCUUUCCAUUUGACAAGAACUUUUUCAUUAUCUUCCUCAAAGACAAAUUUCCUCUUCAAAGCUGAAAACCACUUAUUUGCCAAAAAACUUUCAUAUAGUGAUUCUUAAUUUUACAAAAUUUUAAUAACUGAUAUUUAUUAGAAUUUUGGGCUUUGAAACCAAGUAUUCAUUUUCCGAAAUUCAGCAAAUGUGGAUUGUCUCACAUUUUUGUAGAUUUGUUGUUUCAUAGAGGUAGACAAAAAAAGUGACUUUUCUCAGAACAACUUUUUGUGUACUGUGUAUUUAUAUACUUACCAGACAAGCAACAAGUGUUUCUUUGUUCAAUAAUAAGAGGGAAUACAUUGAAAAAAAAAUUGUAUUACUAUCAUAAAGUUUAUUUAAAAAAAAAUUAUAUUUAAGGGGAUCAUCGUGUUACAUUAGAUGCAUUUUUUGCUUGUUUUAUUUUUUCAAAAGAGUUGUUCAUUUAAAUGGCAUCAGAUCUAAAUAGAUAUAGUUUAAACCAAAAAUUCAUAUUUAAAAUUCAGUGUGCUCAAAUUUUUCAACUUGUGGUCCUGAGGACUACAUUUUAACUAAAGGGUUUGUACAUAGGAGAAUAUUUAAAAAUUUCUGUAAAAUUACCAAGAUAAAAGAUUAAUUAACCUAGUAAAAGAAUCAGCUUGGUUUACUUGAAUACAGGUUGGCAAAGAAAAAGACGAUUUGACCCAGUUAUACUGCCUCACAAUAUCAUUGUUUCAUCAUUUAUUUGAUUCAGUUUUGAUCUAGAUUAACUUUAUUCAAAACACUUAUUUUUAUCCUAUUAUUUUCUGUUAUAAAAUUACUUCCAUAUUAUUUAAGAUUUGUUAAAAUAUUGCUCAUGUUUAUUUUUAACUAGAAACAAUAACCAAUGGCUCUUUAUAUCAUUUGGUAACCACAUACUUUAAACUCUGUAAACUACCAAUAGACUAUUUUAAUUUCAGAGUAACAUAUAUUAUAAUGUGUAUUUUACUUACUUGCCAAAAAAAUUAAAAGUGAGAUUGUAGCUUUAUGUCUUCGUUAAAAUUACAUAUUUCUAAUGCUUUUGAAUAUACAUAAUAAUAUUUAUUUAUAUGUUAAAUUUUUGUAUUGUCGAUCAUACAAUGUAGAUUGAAUAAUUGCUUUCAGUUAUACUCAGAAUUCAAUGACAUAGGUCAUUUUUUUCAAAAAAGCUUAGGCAUGAAAAGCUUUUCUCUGCUUAUUGGUCCGACACUUUCAGAUCUUGUAUUAACAUACACAUACAUGCGUCUAUAUAGCUUAAUUUUGUUUUAAUGAGUAGUAGUCAGUGGCACUUUUGAGCAUGUCUGAUAUGAAUUUCUUGUGUGACAGAGAUACAAAUAGUUAAACAUGUAUUUUAAAAUCUCGGGUAAAAAAAAGGUUUUUACACUACAAGAUAAAUCCACAGACCUUAAUUUUACACUACAAAUCAAAAGUGUUAAGUAUAUAAAGAGGUGUAAAUCAAAGAAGAUUAUCAAAUUAAAUUCUAAAGGCAAUUUAAUAUUAGUUAAAUAGUCCCUUUUAAUUAUACUUAUAUUUAGAUAAACAUAUAAUGGGGUGGUAAAAGGGAAAUCAAGAAAAAACUAAAAGCUUUAUUUUUUUGGUUCCAUAAAAUCAUUCCAAAUUAUAUGUUUAUCUUUACAAUGGUUAUUACUCCUUUUCAUUUGUAUUUUAUUUCUUUCUUUUUUUUUUAUUAUUUAAAGUUAUUUCUAAAAAGUUCUGUUAGAUAAAUAAAUAACAACUGGUGAAGGGGAGAUAAUCACUACAUUUUUCACAUUGUGGUUAUGAAUUGGGUUCCUUAGCUUUCAAACACAAACUUUCUACCAUAAACCAAGGAUUUGUAUACUGGUAGUUAUAUAACUAUACAAAUCCUUGCAUAAACCAAACAAUGGAAGAUUUAUUAUUUUUUUUCAAUCGAUGAUAUUGUUUCCCAAAAUCAAAAUGUGGAUACUUGUAAUUAUAAAUUAGUUAAAUCGUCUUUGACUGGGGAGAUACAUAGGAAUGCCAAAUAUAUUUUUUUUUAAGGUCAAAUUUUACAUUUUUUGUCAUUUUUUAAAGCCCUUUAUUCAUCAACUUGUUGUUACUGCUUGGUAGUGAAACCAUAAGCUUUUGCCAUUCAGUGGCAUCUGUUGAAUUUGUUUUUUCAAUCAGUUGAAACUUAAAUAUUACAACUUGCCCUAUUUUCAGUUUUACUCUGUUUGUUUUGUUCAUCUUCAUUAUUAUAUAUAUGUAAAAAUUUCAUCAUUAUUGGAAUCUAACAUGUCUAAAUAUAGCUAUGGAAAUGUUUACCUUUAAAAUAUUGGUCUUAAAUUGUCAUUUUCAUGAUGACAUCAUCUGUUCCGUUGUAUAAAUGAGUUUAAAUGUUCCAUCUUAUUCAUUUUUGUAUGCAAAAUAAAGGUAUACAUGAAUUAAAAAUUUUUUUGUGUUAAUAGUGGGGUUUUUAUUAAUAUUGGUUUUUUUUUCCUUAAAUGUUUGUGAAGUAAAAAACAUGCAAGAUCAAUUACAGAAUAUUCUGAGUAUGAAAGUUUUAGUAGAGCUUGAUUAAAUGUUGAAAAAGAAGAAAUGUGAACAUUUUCUGUACAUUCCAAUAAUGAAUAUUUCUAUUGAAAUGGGAGCUCGAGGUAACUCUAAAAUGGGAGAUAACUUUUGAUCCAAGUUUUUCAAGGGAAAUGGAACUUGAUGAAAGUGCUAAAAAAUUAUGAAAAUUUCUAGUUGAGCUAUAUUAGAGUAUACCUCAGCCUCACUGCAGCCUAAGUGAGAGAAAAUUGAGAAAUUUGGACUCAAAAAUAUAAUUAAAUAUGUAUUGUUUUUGGAUUUACAACUGUCACUCAAUGGUGAUUGUUAGAUGUUCUGAUAUGAUCCCAAUUUAAUUUGUUCAUUUAUUUUUGUAUAACCUGCAUUGUUAUAUAUCAGUAUAUCAACAUUAUUGUACAUUUUCUUAGAAUCUUAUAUACUGAAUUAUUUAUUUUCUUAAGUGCUGCCAAAACUUGAUGAAUCAUUCACUGACAUAUUCCAGUCAAAGAUUUUAUUUUUAUAGUGUAGUGCUUAUAAUUUGAAAACAAUUGUUGGCCAAAUGGAGCUUUGUUUGAAAGUUAACUUUAAAGGGUUUAAAUGCUAACAUGUAUUCUAUAUUGUUCAUUAAAUGAACUUUAGUUUCACAUUAGUUUAUUCCAUUGCAAAAAUUUCAUUAUUUUUUUCACACAUGAAUAUAUUUUGUAUGAGCUAGCUUAAUGUAAUUUAUAUUAGCUGGCAGUUACUUUGAAGUUUUCCUUCAAGUGCCUUUCUUUGAUAUAGAUAAUAAACACAUUUUUAUUUAUUUACUAUAAAUUAAAAUAUAUUAGAGGGUUUAAUUUCUGUAUAGAAGGAGAUGUUGGAUAUACACCAAUAUGGCAUCAAAACAAUGUUUGCAGUCAAUAUAGUUUUUUUUGUCAAUAUUCAGAAUGUAAACUGCCAUGUGACCUGCAUAUAAAGGGGAAAAAAAUAUUCAAUUACUUGACAGUUGCUUGAUUGAAUGCAAGAGAAAUGUGUGAACAGCUUUUUGAUAGACAGUCGUUUAAAAUCUGAAAAAUAAUUUAAAUUAUUUACAAAAUUUUUAGUUCAGAUAUUUUAUAUUUGUAAAACUAUUAUUGUUUGUUAUAUUUUAAUACUGUUAUGCUCUAUCAGUACUGUGCCUUAAAUGAUUUAUAUGAAGAAUUAUAUUUUCAGUCUUUAAGUCUGUUGAUAAUAAAAUACAUUGUUCAUUGAG